AUGUCUACACCUCUCACACCCCAAAUGGAAGAACUUCGUAAGGCAGCUCUGGCUGUUCUGAAAAAUACGUAUAGUUCUUACAGCGGUUUCCCAGUAGGAGCAGCUUUAAUGGACACUAAUGGACGAGUGUUCACCGGAGUCAAUGUGGAAAUCGCCUCGUUUCCGUGCGGAUGGUGUGCUGAAGUUAGUGUAUUUGGAGCCGCAAUUACUGCAGGCUCUACGGAGUUUACUGGAAUGGCUGUUGCCGUGGACAGAGAUAUGUUCUCAACGCCUUGCGGUCGUUGUAGGCAGGUUAUCACGGAGUUCUGCUACGGAAAGAAUAUGCCCCUUCUAUUGGUCAAUAAGAAGGGAGAAUAUCAAAUGACGAAAAUUGAAGAUAUUCAUAAAAUGGCAUUCUUUAAAAGCAAUAUGGAUAGUAAUUGA